AUGCUCUCGCAACGGGUUGCUCGCGCUGCCAGCGCCGCUCGGCAAUCGCCAGCGACACGGGCUUUUUCGACAACUCUUGCGGCCCGGAGCGACCGGCCGCCAACGUUGGGCGAUAUCCAACCAGACCAACACGACGCCUUCAACAGCCGGCAGAAGACAUUCCGAUCGCAGCUUGUGGAGGCACAGAAACAACGGGAAGCCAGUGGGUUUAGUUCAUCCUCCUCCCGUUCCAGCUCCCCUUCCUCUUCCUCUCUUUCCUCGGCCCAGGGCCUUGGGUCGCUGAGCACAGCCCCUCCUGGUACAGAUAACGUAGCCCGCGCUGCCGACGAACAACCCUCGCGCAAGGCGGGCCCCCUGACCAACCUCAUCUAUGGCACGAAGGAAGGCCGCGAAAUGGAUGCCCAGAUUGAGGCUAGUUUCAGUCAGGUCCUGGCCCGCGGCAAGUACGUGCACUCAAUCGAGUUCCACGAUGUCAAACCCGAGUGUGUGGAGGAAUACAUUGCUCUCGUGGGCAAAUGGUACCCCCAAGUCGCCACCGCCGCCGAGAAUAAGGUGCACCUGGUUGGGAGCUGGCGGACCGAAGUCGGCGAUUGUGACACAUUCGUCCAUAUCUGGGAAUACCAACGGUACCAGGGUUUCCACGCCUCGCUGAACACGAUCUCGCGCAACCCGCAGUACCCCGAUUUUGAGAAGAAGCUCCGCAGCCUCGUCCAUGGCAAGCGCACCUCGCUCAUGCAGGAAUUCAGCUUCUGGCCCACGACCCCACCACGCCAGCUAGGCGGUCUUUUUGAGCUGCGGUCGUAUACUUUGCACCCGGGUAACCUGCUCGAGUGGGAGACCCACUGGCGGCGCGGCCUUAAGGCGCGGCGGGAGGUGAUGGAAGGGGUGGGAGCGUGGUUUGUGCAGAUCGGCGACCUCAACACGGUGCACCAUCUAUGGCAGUUUGCCGAUCUGGAGGAACGCAAGAUUCGCCGUGAGAAGAGCUGGAGCAUAGAAGGCUGGGCUGAGACGGUGCACAAGACAGUUCCUCUGAUUCAAGAGAUGAAGAGCCGUAUCUUGGUGCCUAUGCCAUGGUCACCAGUGGCUUAA